AUGGCCUUGGCUGACACAGCAGCACGAAGGCUCCUGCGCGGCGCAGGCGGCGGUGUGGCCAAUGGAAUCACCGCCGACGCCGUCGGCAUGAGCUUCGGCGUCGACGGCUUGUGGCAGCUCAUCGCGGGCCUGUUCGCGGGCGCGGCUCACCUGCUCGUCCUGCCGUUCGAGGUGCUCGGGCACUGGCUGGCCGCCGCGACACACCUGGUCGUCCUGCCUUUCAAGGCGCUCUGGCACGUGCUGCAGUCCGUCACCGCCGGUAUCGGUUUCAUCUUCGGCAGCCUCGUCGCGGCGCUCGGGAGCGCGGCACACGCUUUGGUUGUGCCUUUCGAGGCGCUCUGGCACUUGCUGCAGUCCGCCCCCGCAGCCAUCAGUUUCGGCUUCCACGGUCUGGAGCAGCUCACACACGGCUGUAUCGGCAGCCACGCCGCCGCGCUCGGGACCGCGGCCCACGCUCUGGCCGUGCCGUUUGAAGCGCUCUGGCAGUGGCUCCAGACCGCCGUCACAAGCAUUGGUUCCGGCUUCGACGGUUUGUGGGAGCACAUGCAGGGCAUCUUCGCCAACCUCGCCGCCGCGCUCGCCGGCGCUGCCCACAACCUCGUCCUGCCGUUACAAGCCUUCUGGCAGUGGAUCCAGAACACCGUCGCCGGUGGUUGGGACGGCUUUUGGCAGCGCUUCGUCACCACGGCGGCGAGCACCGCCCACGAGCUCGUCCCGGCCUUGGAGGCGUUCUGGCGAUGGCUCAAGGACGCCGCCGCCGUCGCGCUCCCUGUCAUGCUGGCCAUCGCCGCGGUCGUUUGCGUCGCGGUCCUGCUCUGGUUCUGCUGGCCGCUCCUGUGCGUCGUCGUGUUCAUGGCCGACGUGCUGGUGGCGCAAGCGCUCGUCUUCGUCCUUUGCAUCUGCGGGCGCUGCUUGUUCAUCGUCGCCAUGGGGGUCGCGGGUGCGCUCGCCUACCUGCUCCCCAUCUGCGGGCAGUACUGCACCGACGUUACCAUGGCUGCCCCAGGCAUCGCCGGCGUGCUGAUAUCACGCGUCGCGUUCAAGGCGGAACCGCGACUGUACUUCCAGAUCCUCCGUCUGGCUGUCCCCCUCGUCGCCUCUGCUGUCUUCUCCACGAGCCCCCUCCCCUGGGCAGUCGGGCUGUCGGUCGUCGCCCUUUUCAGCCGGGGAUUUUCAGGCGGCGAAGGGCUGAUACCGAGGUGCCAAACCUUCUCGUCGACGUGGACUCCUGAGGAAGAAGAUCAGAUGUGGAUUCACGAGGAUGAUCAGAUGUGGACCGUUGAGGAAGAUCAGCUAUUAUCAUAG